AUGACACCGCCCAAGCCCAUUUGCGGGGAGGAAAAGCCUCAAGCACGUGAAAGAACCUCGGUCAGCUACGAGUUUGUGCUUGAGGAUGAGUUUGACGCGCUGUGCGUUGAGGUGAAGAGGAACGACGGUGACUCUAGCGGUAAAAGCAGCAGCGGUAACAAGUAUCCUGCAAAACUUCAUGCGCGCAAGGUUGUCAAGGAGCUUGGCGUUACCGAUGGCCUCAUCUAUCUUCCUGAUUCCAGCUUCUACUAUAUGAGCGGCGCCAACUUUCCUGACUGUGUUCUCACUUAUGAUAUCGCUGCGGAUCGUCUCAUUCUCUGGAUUCCCUACGCUGAGCCGCGCCAGGUCUUAUACCAUGGCCCAACUCCAGACGCCGCCGAGGCCAUGCGAAAGUAUGAUGUUGACGAUGUUAGAUAUACUGCUCAACUGCAAAAGUUCCUCCACAGCCAGCUCCGUCCUGAGAGAACUCUUUAUGUUAUCCACACAGACCAGGCUCCUAAGCUCCAUGACCGGCCUCGAGGACAGACCAAGAUCAACUGCUCCAAGUUGCGUCCUGCCAUGGACCAAGCCCGUGUGAUUAAGACAGAAUACGAAGUUGCGCUUAUCCGUCGUGCUGCACGCAUUUCAGCAGCCGCUCACCGUGCUGUUGCCGAACGCCUUCUGACUAUGCGCAACGAGCAGGAUGUCGCAGCAGUUAUUCUCGCAGCUUGUACUUCACGUGGUGCUCACGUUCAGGCGUACCCAAUCAUUGCUGAACAGAAGGAAAGCCAAAUAUUCAUGGUUGUCGAUGCUGGAUGUGAGUACCAAUGUUAUGCCAGCGAUAUUACCCGCACUCUCCCUAUUGGCGGCUCUUUCUCAAAGCAGGCUUCCGCAAUCUACUCCAUCGUGCAGCGCAUGCAAGAAGAGUGUAUCGCACGUGUCAAACCCGGCACUGUUUACUAUGAACUGCAAAUUCAUGCUAGCGACGUUGCUCUCCAAGGCCUGCGCAAGUUGGGUCUCUUGCGAGGUAGCUUUGAUGAGAUUCAAAAGGCGGGCACUGUUGCAGCUUUCUUCCCCCACGGCCUGGGCCAUCACCUUGGUCUUGAGGUCCACGAUGUCACCGGUGAUGAGCGCCUCCUAAUGCGAGACAACUUUCACGUCGAGGGCGGAAAGCGUGAGAUGGUGACAGCCGCCGCGUUGGUGGCUAUGCACCGCCUGGCUUCAACAACAGGCCCUACCAAGCCCAGACAAGCUCUUCAGCCUAACAUGAUAGUUACGAUUGAGCCAGGAAUCUACUUCUGCCGUCCUUUCAUUGAGGGAUACUUCUUGAACAACUCGACACAUGCAAAGUUUAUCAAUCGUGACCUCCUCGAGACAUAUUAUCCCGUUGGCGGUGUGCGUAUCGAGGAUGAUAUCCUUGUUACGCACGGAGGUUAUGAGAACCUGAGUUCUGGUGCGCCCAAGGGCGACGAGAUGCUUGACGUGAUUAACGGUAAUUUUGAGAAGAUUUAA